UCCCCACACGUGUCUGGCUUCCGUUGCCAUGGCGUCUCGCGGUGUGCUGGGCAUUUUCAUCCUCUCUGCUGUUCCCAUCUUGUGCCUGGAGCUGCGGCGUGGGAUCCCCAGCCUAGGAAUUAAAGAUUUCUUUUUGCUAUGUGGCCGGAUUUUCUUUCUGCUUGCUCUUCUUACUUUAGUUAUUUCUGUGACUACCUCAUGGUUUAACUCACUUAAAUCUUCCCAAGUUUGUUUGAAAGAAGAGGACGAGAAUGAGAAGAGGCAAAAACUUGUUCGAAAACAACAACAAGAGGCACAGGGAGAAAAGGCUAGCAGAUAUGUGGAGAAUGUUUUAAAACCUCGACAAGAAAUGAAACUGAAAAAACUACAAGAGCGUUUUUAUCAAAUGACGGGGGAAACCUGGAAGUUGAGCAGUGGACACAAACUUGGGGGUGAGGAAGACUUGGUGCUCGACAACGCAAGUCACACGUCUUCUGAAACGCCAGGCAGAGAAGCAGCGAGGAGACGCAACCUGCGCGAGCCUCUGAAGGCAGUUCCACCACCUGCUGCUGCGCAGCCACAGGAGGAGGUUCCUGAUCUACCUGAAGAGCCUUCUGCAACAGCUGAAGAAGUGGUAACUGUGGCGCUGCGGUGUCCGAGUGGGAGUGUCCUGCGGAGGAGGUUCCUGAAGUCCUGCAGUGCGCAGGUCUUGCUGAACUGGAUGGUGAGAGUCGGCUACCACACAUCCCUGUACGGCCUGUCCACUUCCUUUCCCAGGAAGCCCCUGGAAGUGGUAGGAGGCUGGUCCCUGGAGGACGCGGGGAUAACUACGGACACCGUGCUCAACGUGGAAGAGAAGGAACAGAGCAACUAGGGGGAAACCGAGCCGCCCCUGCUCUCUGUGAAACAGCAGACACUGCGCCUCCCCAAAAAGAAAGGAACCCCGCAGACAUCAGACUUCCAAUUGACCCGAGCCCCAGGUGGCCGCGGCCCGUGGGGAUCCAUCAACAUAAAGGAUUAGAAAAGGG